ACUCAUACAUAAUUGCGAUCGUGCCGCGUUCGGUGUCAUUGACAGGCGUGGGUGUCGUUGACGUCGGGAUGCCAUGUGGAGGAGUACGGAGUCAGAGAGUGCUUACAUAUUUACAUCUCGAAGCCGAUGCUUCUCUGGACCGCCUGGUCUGCUUGGGUCACUGCAUAUAUGUCUUUUGUGCGUCAGUGCAGACGUAGAAUGGACCCCGCGUCGAAAAAAAGGAAGGCCUUGCAAGUCAAACGACGUACAGAGUGGCGAGCCAGCCAAAAAUUAUCGAUAAUGAUGGACUGGGCAUUCGGGUUCUCGGAGAGUCACCCAUCCCACGCCAGUCGAUCUACAUGGGUGUGGAGGUGACUAGGGGUGACUGCCUCUUGGUAUUUCUUUCCAAAGAAUGCUUAGACGACA